GUAGGACUCAGAAACAUCAGAUAGAUUUCCCCACAUCCAAACCAAACACUCACCAGAUAGACAACCGAGAAAGGGCAAAAAAAUUCUUUGCUUUGGGAGGUUUUGCAAUUUGGUUAUGCUUUUUUUCCUUAUGCGAUUUUCAUUGGUGGAAGAAGGGUAUGGUGGGUUCGAAAGCCUCUCAACUUGGUGGUCACGAUGAUCAUGAUCACGAUGAUCAUCAUCAUCAGUUGAUCGACGGUCAUGCUGGGGAUGCUGCAGUACCUCCAUCUUCUGAGGUCUCGUGCUCGAUUUGUCUUGAUUUAGUCUCCGAUUCUGGCGGCAGAUCAAGGGCUAAGCUCCAAUGUGGUCAUGAAUUCCAUCUGGAUUGCAUUGGUUCGGCAUUUAAUAUGAAGGGGGCUAUGCAAUGUCCAAAUUGCCGGAAGGUUGAAAAAGGUCAAUGGUUGUUUGCAAAUGGCUCUAGCCGAUCACUUCCUGAGUUAAGCAUGGAGGACUGGAAUCUUGAUGAUGAUUAUUAUGAUCCAGGUUAUUCUGAAAUGCCAUUUAGAGUUCAAUGGUGUCCAUUUGGUGAAUUUUCAAGAAUUGGUUCAUCAUCUGAGGAAGUGGAAUCUCCAUCAACUACAUAUCAUGAAAUACAUGGACACCAUGCCAUAUUUGCUGAACACGCUGCUGCUUCAUCUGUGGCUCAUUCAUAUGUUGCAUAUGUUGGACCACUUCCACCCACAACUCUAAGAUCUAGUGAUAGUGUUGAUGAUCCCAACUUUAAUCGCCAUUGGAACAGCCUCUCUGGACACAAUGAGAUUUUUAUCCCCCAUGCUUUGCCUACCAUUAGUAUCCAAUAUCAUAGUUGGGGCCGGCAUCCUCCAAAUUUCUCUGUAUCUGAUAGCCAUAUCAGCCAUACUGAUCCAGCUUCUGUUCCAGCUGCAGCUCUGAGAUCUUCUAACGGUGAACUUGAUGCUUUAAGUCGACCCAGAUCUUUUCCACAUCAUUUUCCCUUUGACCAUGGGUCCAGUUCUAGAGCUGGGAGUUCGUUUGUCUCUUCAGUUUUUCCUCGUCAUCCUGGCAGCAGUGCUCAUACCCAUGAUAGGAUCCAGGCAUCUCUCGCCUUUUAUCGUCAGCAACAUCAUUUCAAUCAACAGCGUUUCAAUCGACCUGGUGUGCCUACUCCUGUAGUACCUGGUAUGACAAGAGGUUUAGCCCCAGUAGCCACAGCAGUCCCACAACCUGAUCAAGGUGGUGGCUUCUAUAUCUAUCCUCCAUCAAGUUCAUCAGGCCAAAACCUACAUGAAGCAGAAAGUUUUUUUCCAAGUAAUUAUAAUGCUCUGGAAAGAGAGCGAUUAUCUCAUUUCCCAACUGUAUCAAGAGACUCAGGUUGGGGGUCAUAUCAUCCUACAUCUAGCGCUGAUUCUGGCAACAGGUCUAGGAGCUUCCUGCAUGGGCAUUUUGCUUAGAGGAUCCAGUCAAAGCUUGGUUGCAAAUGCUUAUCAAUUGGUUUGUGCAUGUUUGUUUCAAAUGAUUGCAUCUGAAUUUAUGACUGGCAUGAAAGCAAACUAUAAGAAUUGAUAAACUUUGCCCAUUUUUGUAAAUUAUGGCAAAUUUGCCUGUCAGGCAGACCUUGAAAUUGGUAAGUGCCCUUUCUCAUCA